AUGCCAAGACGAUACAAGAGCAUUUGGAUACUUGUGAGGCCGUUUGCACAACUGGUCAUGGGUCGAACACUGAGGGUUGAACGGUCGGUAGACGCCAGAUUAUCGGGUACAUUGGGCCAUAUACUGACUUAUGAGUUUUGGCCUGCCGCCUACCACGUUGUCCCACUCAUUGUUCAAUUUUGGACAUUGGUUUUUGCAUACCUUCUCAGAUUUUGCGCGAUAAAGCGAAGCGCCUUCAAGACGUUUUUCGCCUAUCUCGACAUCAAACUGGCGAGGAAUUACUACAAGCUUGAACUUACUCGACACUUGAACGGCCCGUCCUCACUAGCUGUGCAGACCCCAGCAUAA